AUGGCUCCUCAGAGUUGGCACGGGCAACGGAAGGCAUCUGAAAACAGGCUACCUGGAUACUGUCCUAAGUCCCCCCAUGCGGUUUCUAAGAAGUAUAUCUAUCGACGCAGCCCACCUUUGUGGAGACGGAAGUGGGAUUCCUGGCGCCCAAACAGACUGUCACAUCGUCAUACUAGACUUGAGCCAUUAUUCUCAUCACUUUCCGUUAAGGAUCGGUCCUCUGGCUCCGAUAAAUCUCAGCAUUCACUGGAGAAGCCACCUUUGUUGGCACCCAAUGCGAGGGAACAAUCAUUCUUUGAGAUUACGAAUGGGACUUUUGACAUACAUCGGAAAGCCCCGUCGCCGAAAAACUAUGACAAUUUAAAGGCUGCCGGCUCUUUUGAGAUAGUAAGUUCCGAUUCCGAUCCUCAGGCCGUCCCUUUGGUUUCGCCCUUUGGGAAAAAGAUCAAUCCAACUCCAGUUACAUCGUCAUUCGGCCGCCCCACCCCGCUUUGCCAUUCAUCUAGCCGUCGGCACUGCCUUAGAACUUCUAGAGAGAUGGGCACUCCCUCACCAGCAGUAUUUUUGACUUCAAGCAAACCUGCGGCCUUCGGCUCACAACUGGAACCCGUCCUGGAUGAAAUGGCCACGCUGCUGCAAUUAAUUCAACAGAACCCCGGUCGGUCCAAGGAACUGCUUCGAGUCGUGUCAGAAUACCUGCAUGAGCACCCAAAAAAACAGCAGGAGAACAAGAAAUGGUUUUCUCGUCGCCUGCAACAGCACCUCUCUCCAGUUGCCCCACUGGUAGCGACCAUCCCCGGCGGUGGAGAUUCCCCGCCACACGGGCCUUCUGACGCAUUUCGGGGACACAUGGUAGAUAGACCAUGUAUUAACACUGUAGCACUGUCAUCAUGUGCGUCUGGAAUGACAACCAGAAGUGUUAGUGCUAUCCCAGAGAUUAUUCAACCAAUGCCCCAGAUGCCGCAAACUCCGGUUUUGAAACCACGCUCUCUGGCGGAUGACGAUGAUGACGACGACAAAACCAUUUCUGGGCCUAGUCGUCUCUCUGACCGGAUGUCUGAGCUGAAUCUAUCCUCGCAAGAAGACAGUGCUGAUACUUCUCCAUGUUGCCCCGGUGUUGGUCACAGUUGUGACCAUUGGCUGGCUAGUUACUAUCAUACUUUGGCUACACUGUCGCCUAGUACACUAAGCCCCGAGGACUGGCAAGCGAUCCAUGCUGUCUUCCCCCACUCUCCAGAAUCUGUACAAUCCAUGGACCUAAACGAAGAGAGCAGCUGGCCACAUUCCAACGGCAAUAGUAGCCACAACACUGACCAUAUCGAGUCUACGGAAAUGCACUCUGGUGACAAUAGGGUUUUCCAGGAGCAAAACAAUGGAAAAGGAAAUAGUGGCACCAUUACACCCGCCAGUGGUCACGUUCACUCCCCAGCCACAAAACCAUAUAAUAACCACCUCGCAUACCAGUUUCUGUCCUAA